ACUUUCCGCGACCUCCCAUAAAAAUUUCUCUUUAUUUUAAUUUGUACCAUCAAUCUGAGUUCCUUUUGCAUUGACAAGUUCGGGCAGUUUGUUCCGUAAGAGGGUUUGUUUACAUCGUGAGCUAACACGUGUUCUCGACGGUGCUUUGAUCGAAUUUUGAUACAAGAUGUUCUACGUUAUUGGUCUCGGACUUGGCGAUGCAAAAGACAUCAGCGUCAAAGGAUUAGAAAUCGUGAAGCGAGCUGACAAAGUGUAUCUUGAAGCAUACACUUCAAUUUUGUCAGUCGGUCAACAAGCCUUGGAGUCAUUUUACGGUCGAGAACUUGUUAUCGCAGACCGAGACUUUAUUGAGCAACAAACAGAUGUCUUAUUUGAUGGUGCAAACGAGAAAGAAAUAGCUUUGUUGGUUGUCGGAGAUCCCUUUGGAGCCACUACUCACACUGAUUUGGUCUUGAGGGCCAAGAAUUUGGGCAUUCCAUACAAAGUCAUUCAUAAUGCGUCUAUCUUAAAUGCCAUUGGAUGUUGUGGACUUCAGCUUUACAAAUUUGGAGAAACAGUUUCAAUUCCUUACUGGACCCAAGGCUGGGAGCCUGAUAGUUUCUUUGAGAAGAUUUUAUCCAACAAAAGCAGAGGGCUACACACUCUAUGUUUAUUAGAUAUUCAAGUCAAAGAGCCAACUUUAGAAUCUCUUACCAAAAAGGUGAAGCAAUAUUUACCGCCUCGCUUUAUGAGCACUUCUGAAGCUGCAAAGCAGAUUCUACAAAUCAUUGAUAAGAAGGAAGCAUCGGCAGAACCAAAUUUAGAAAAAAGUGUCAUUUGCAUCGGGGUCGCUAGAGUUGGUUCUGAGAGUCAACAAAUACAAGCAUGCCCUUUAUCGGAGAUGGCAAAUAUCGAUCUGGGCCCACCUUUGCACUCGCUCGUCAUUGCGGGAGAUCUACAUCCCCUGGAAACAGAAUUCUUGGAGCAAUUUCAAACGAUUCCAUCUUCAUGAUACAUAUACCGCACAUGUGCUCUUUGUAAGCCUUCGUAUCAUCCCAUACUUGGAGAGAAAAUAGGAGGUGGUUGCAUUUUGAGAAUCUUGGAUUCUGUCAAUGAUGUAGGUCUUGUCAAAUUGUUUGUAUGAUUUUCUUGGAAAUGGUGUCGUUUAUGGAAAAAAUUCAUUCUUUAUUAAGUGUUUAAAAUUAUAUCUUACAGUUGACGUAAGCAAAAAUAAGGGACAUUAUGGUCUGUUUUUCAUACCUCAAACGGAUUUUGCUGGAAUGUUGUCGCCAUUUUGUCCCCACUUACAUCAUGGGGUAAACAAUCUUUAAGAUGCACCACCUGAUUUUUUCCCUCUCUAGUUUCAUUCUGAUUUUUUUGUAAGCUCUCUUUCGAAAUUAAUGUUAUGGCAAAUUAAAUUUUAUUACUUUUGGUUCAGUUAAGUUUAAUGGAAUUAAAUAUCUUUUGAUAAUUAAUAA